CCGGAGCAGAUCACAGAGUACAAGGGCAUCUUUGAGAUGUUCGACGAAGAGGGGAACGGCUUGGUGAAAACGGAUGAGCUGGAGAGGCUCAUGAGCCUGAUUGGCAUCAACCCCACCAAGAGAGAGCUGGCAACGAUGGCAAAGGAUGUGGACAAAGACAACAAAGGCAGCUUCAACUGUGAUGGGUUCCUAGUUUUGAUGGGGAUUUACCACGAAAAGUCAAAAAACCAGGAUGAAGAGCUAAGAGCAGCUUUCAAGGUCUUUGAUCAGGAGCACAAAGGCUACAUUGACUGGAACACCUUGAAGUACGUGCUGACGAAUGCCGGGGAGCCGCUGAACGAAGAGGAAGCAGAACUCAUGAUGAAAGAAGCUGACAAAGACGGGGAUGGGACCAUUGACUAUGAAGAGUUUGUGGCGAUGAUGACCGGCGAAUCAUUUAAAUUGACCCAAUAAGGCCAACUGGAAAAAUUAAUUCUUGAUGUCAGAGUCCCCACCUCUCU